AUAAAAUGCAACGUGAGCGUUGCGUUAGCGAAGUUUUGUGUGAAGUGAACAGAGUGUGGUCGAUGUUUUCUGUGCUCUCAUUAUAAUGAUUGUCUUUUUGAGACUCUUAUUUUAAAUAUAUUCUGCUUUACGCUUAUAAGAAGGUGUUUUGGAGAGGAAAGGCGAUCCUUCGAUUUAAUUCUUUUUACUUUUUAAAGAACUUUAUGCGGAGCGAGAAGAAGAAAAAGCUGCCCAGUUUCUCAACAAGAGAUUUUUUUUCCUCAAGUUAUUUUUCGUCGGACAUGUGUGUAAAAAUGAUGACAACUAAAGCGAAGAGAAUAAAAACGAGUUGUCUGCGGAAAAACAUGAAGUUUGGCUCUAAGUUGACGUGGAGGCUUUUCCCAGUGGCCGCGGAGGAGAACGAGGCCCUCAAACAGAGUCCAGCCACCACGGUGAAGACCACCAUUCGAAAAUACCUCCGCCGGGAACAGAGACGGGCUCAGCAGGACGGCCUCUGCACUUUGCUGGGCGAGACGGACGGGAAGAACGGAGACUUCAUGUCUGCGGAAAGUACCGCCACGGCCUGUGUGCACCGUCAUCCAGCUGUCGCAAUGGCGCCGGAAAACACCACGCAGUACCUGAUGGGAAACCUGUAUGAAGACUUGAAUAUUGACAUUAACGAGUCAGUUCAGGAUUCACAGGCAGUAGCUGCUCAACAGUUUAGCGAAUGUCCUUCACCGACGAGCUCAUGUACUGCCCUGGACUCUGAUAGCUACCUUGCGUUUCAGCAGCGGAACUUUGAUGAGGCCUUUGAAAUGUUUUGGUAACCAGGACGAACUUCGUGAGCGUGGCCCGGCUCCCUCAGCAGCCCGACUUUAAUUCAGCUCAUUGUUAAAAGCGGCGCGCCUUUGCACGCUGGCCGCACGCCCACUGGGGAGCGCUACCGAGCCCUGCGUGCCGCCUCCUGGAGGGAAUCGACCAAACGGCUCGGCCCAGCUCUGCUGCGCUGUGCUCGGCUGUGGUCUCUUCACGGAUUGUAAAAUCCAGGUAAACCCGGGCAGGUAUUGUUAGCAGUGCAUUGUCAUUGAUGGCAAUAGUCGAUGGUGAUUGGAUGUUCCACAGUCACUGUUGUCUGAGCGUUUUCCAGGUCGACCCUGCUAGGACACGUGGCUCAGCUGUGGGAGGAGCAGGAAGCAAAGGAGGUCGGUCUUCACGUGACUGACACAAGGUGACACUUCAAACUGAAAGGGCCGUAAUGGCGAGAUAAUCAUGUGUAUGUCAUUUUAAUGAUAUAAUUUAAUGUUGUAUUGAAACUUUGAUUGCAAAGUGAUGGUGAAUGUGGAGUUUAAUCUUCAAUAAAAUUAUUUGUUACAUUAA